UUUAUAAAUAUUCAAUUAUUUUUGGCACAAAUAGGGGCAAACAUAGAAAUGCAACACAGAAUGCAUUAUUUUUAGAGUUCAUGGAGAAGAACCCAGAUAUAGCAAAAGGUUUCACAAAACGCGAUAAAGUUUUAGUGGAUUCUCUUUGGCAGGAAUUGACGGUUUCUCUAAACGGCGCUGGUCCGCCGAAUAAGGAUGUUAAUGGGUGGAAAAAGAUAUGGACAGAAUGGAAAAGCGAGAUUAAAAAAAAACUUGCUCACAACAAGGCCGAGGCCCGAGCAACCGGCGGUGGACCGUUUUCAAAAUACCAACUGACACAAACAGAAGAAACAAUAGUGCGAUUGUGUGGAAUCCAAACGACAGUGGAGGGUGUUUUAGGAAUAGAAUUGGGCCUCAUAGAGGUGAUAGAGGAAUCAAAUGUUGCCGUAAAUGAUGAUAUGCCUACAGGCUCAUCUAGGAUAAGACCUGAAACACCUUACAUGUGUAGUACACCAAAAAGAAUACGAACAGAAACCACAGCAGACCGUUUAAAAAAAUUUCUGGAUGAAGAUGGUGAAAAGAAAAGAGAAAUAAACGAAAAACUCGACCAACUUAUUGCUGUAGAAAAAGAAAAUGCCAGUGCCCUUAGACGUAUUUAUCGCGCAAUUGAAAAAAACAACGAGUCUGUGACCAAGAGUGUUAAUGAUUUUAAAAAUGAAUUUGCAAUUACCAGUUCCCGAAUUCUUAAGGCAAUGCAGGAAAAAAAUGAAAUAAAAAAACAACAAUUGCAACUAGAACUUAUGAAAUUUGAAUUACAAAAUAAAAGUAAAGCUCAGUGAUCUCUUUUAUUAAAACCUAAAUACGUGACCUCAAGUCCA